AUGUUGUCAACAUCCUUACGCCGGGCUGCAUGGGCGCCUCUGUCCGGCAUACCUCGUUCUGCCCAGAACAUAUCUUCUGCCGUGCUCGGCGCAACCCGAAAUGUGCACCAGCGUCGGUACUCCUCUUCCUCCAAACCGCCGGUCCCGCCCAGUGAUGGCUCUCGCCGAAUGGAUACCUCGACCCCGGCAAAAGGUGUGAACUCGUCUGGUGAGAAAGGCAAGGCUGCCCGCCGACGUGGGAAGGAGAACGGCGCUCGGAACGGUUCUUCGAAAGCUAGCCAGCAGCAUGCGGCAUUCUUGAAGCUUCCGAGUGUCCCCUCAACCCAGCACCGCCAGCCGCAUGAUGUCCAUGUCGCCUCUUUCUUUUCCAUCCACCGCCCGAUCUCCGUGACCACCACGGUCCCCCCGACCUCGACCCCCGAAGCCUUCGAUGCGAUCUUCUCAAAGAAGUUCCUCAAGAACGAGCCUGAAGAUGUCAUCUUCACCCUCUCCUCGACUGUGCAGUCCAUGGAGAACGCAGCACCAGCCAUGUCGGAGUCCGAAGAUCAGUUCGGCCAGCUCCACCAAAGCUUCACAAGCGAUGCGAAUGGCGAGUUGCGCAUGCUGGAUGGCCCCGAGGCCGGAAUGACCGUGGAGGAAUACACCCGCCGCCUUCGCCCCUUCCACCCUCCCCCUCCUCCCGUCCCCAUGGACCUGAACACCUCGGCCGACGCUCUGACCGAGCAGGAGACCUCGACCUACUCGACCGUGCUGACGAUCCGGGAGCAGCGCCAUGCUGAUGGUCGCAAGACCUACGAGGCGUCUACGGGCCCCUUUGUGCGCAGCGAUGUGGAGGAUCCCGCCGACGGAGUCACUAUUGAUGCCCCGACCGGCUCGACCUCUGGCAUGACAUACAUCGAGCGUGUGCGCCAUAACCGAACCCUGCACGCCAUCAGCACUAAGAGACGGCGCAAGGUCAAGAUGAAGAAGCACAAGUUCAAGAAGCUGAUGCGGAGGACACGCACUCUUAGACGGAAACUCGACAAGGCUUAG